GAUGGUGACCAGCAAGAUCUUCCCAUAGUGAUGAGGGAUAAACCUCAUCUAUGUGUGGUCUCAACUGAUCAAUACCUGAAUAAUUCAAGGUCUGUCAGCAGGCACUGUGUAAAGGAUCCAGCAGUGAGUGGGAGAGACAGAAGUGGCAUUGGCAAAGAGAGACAGGCUCAGCUGUUCCUCUCCUCCAAGAAUAGAAACAUUCCUGAGCACAGCAGCACACAGCUUCCAGCCAGAGAAGAGCAGCCGGGAAUGACGGGGUGUAAUGACUUGGCGUGCCAUUUCAGCUCCACAACCCAGGAAGAAAAGCUCUGGGAUACCAAGAAACAGAACUCGACAGCCCACAAAAGAAGCACCUUUUCAGAAACCAGCAGGCGUGGAGGAGCAGAUUGUACCAGUGAAACCUCAAGCAUGGGAAGUGAAUUUGAUGAAGCUGACAAUGAAGUCAAAUGUCUCACAGAUUUGGCCUUUAAAAGUUUAUCAUACCCUCAAGAUGAUUACCUUGCCAUCUAUAACUCCAGUUACUACAGAUCUUCUACCAAUAUGUCGCAGCCAUCGACAGAAGGGAGUUGUGGAGUAAAUGCUUGGCCAGCUGAUACUGAUUUUCAUGGGUCUGGAAUUAAUGAUGCAGAUUUACCUGAAAACAAAGAUCCUGUUGACAGAUUUGAGAUGGGGAAUUUUGAAUGUGUGGAUGUUGUUCUGGAAAACCAAGAUCAAUUAAACACAAGCUGCAGCAAAAGGACUGUCCCGAAACGGCAAAUUCAACUCAAAAGACAGGAGGGAAAUGUUUUUCCAUCAAGGGGUCUUACUGAUUGCCAGCCUACGUCCAGACCUUUUGAAAGACGUGCUCAGGAUAUAUUCAUUCGUCAACACAGCACUCCUGCGGUUCUCCAGGAUGAAUCAAAUAAACCCGCAGAGGUGUUGGAUGAAAACAGUAAAAAACAGAAACUACACAAAUCAGUGUCUUUGGAUGAAACAUCUAGCAGAGCUAAAAUUGCAUCCUGUCUUAUAAAAAAUGUUUUAUCUAAAAAAAUGCAACAUGAACAUAAACUGCAGCUGGUACGUGGGGAUGUUCAAGACGCAGAUCCGUUGUCCCCACAAAGUCCUUCCUCGGUGUGUGACAACGAAUUCAAAUAUUCUAACACUUCAUCCCAUGGAAACCUGUAUUACAGUUCUGAGGUGACAUCAGAUGGCAGCUUUGCUUCAGAACACUUACAGAUGGAUUCUCUCAUGCAAAGAAAAUUUGAUUCAAGCAAAGCAAAUAAGGUAAGCAAACUAAUAAAGCAUAACGGUUUAAAUGCAAAAACACAAGAGAAGCCAAUUUGCAAGUAUGGUUUCCAAAGUUAUGAAAAGAGUUUAACAAGAGAUUUUGACACAGCAAUCAUUACCAGUGCACAGGGUAGCAAGUCUCGGAUAGGAAUCCCAUGGAGCAAUAGGAAAUUAUAUGGAGAUAACAAUUAUGUUAACGAUGUAGCAAAACCAAUAGCAUGCACUAACUGUGAAAAAAAGUUGGGGGAUUCAGAAAGUUAUGUUGCUAAAGAUUCUUUGGAAAGCGCACCAGCAGAGCCAGCUUCUGUUUGGUCAGCACAUGAAUCUCCAAAGAAUGAUGAACAUGAAGCAAAAACAGAUGAAACUCAGCACUUUAUAAGAAAUGUGUUUACAUCAAAAACACCAGAGAUAACUUUGAGACCCAGGAAUAGGAUUGAAAAAAAGAAUCAUACUUUUAGUAUUGCAAGACUUUUAUCUCCCAAUACUGAAGGCAAGAGCUCUGCAAAACAAAACUCAGAACCGCUGUUUAAAAGUACAGCCACUACAUGUAUGGAUCAAGAACAAUCUGAGCAACUGUCCCAGCUAGAGGUUAAAGACAGCAAUUUAAAAAACAAACCAAACGCACCAAUGCAUAAGGUUAGAGAUGUCAGAAAGCUUGUCAAACAUACCUACAAUUUAUCCUUUAAGGCAUCAGCUAUUAUUUCUCCGGAACCUGCAAAUCAAGAACAAACUCUGCAACCACAAACAUAUCCGCUGCUGGUAGAGUGCAAGGCAAUAAGCAGAGAGGAUAGUAUGCUGGAUCCCACAUCUCCUCUGCCAUUAUUGAUAGAGUGCAAGGCAAUAAGCAGACAGGACAGCAUGCUGGAUCCCACAUCUCCUCUGCCAGAGUGCAAGGCAAUAAACAAACAGGACAGCAUGCUGGAUCCCACAUCUCCUCCGCCAGAGUGCAAGGCAAUAAACAGACAGGACAGCAUGCUGGAUCCCACAUCUCUUCCACCAGAGUGCAAGGCAAUAAGCAGACAGGACAGCAUGCUGGAUCCCACAUCUCCUCUGCCAGAGUGCAAGGCAGUAAACAGACAGGACAGCAUGCUGGAUAAAAGCCAACAGCUAAUUGUUGAGAAACAGGUGUUGAAAAGCACCACUCAGAAGGUACUUCCUUGUCAAAACAGGGAAUAUGCUUCUGCUGCAGUACCAAAAACAUAUGAUUUUGAAGAAAGCGUAUAUAACAGUAUCACAAAGAAGGAUUUAAAGGAGCAAUACAUUAUACCACCAAACCACAAUCUUUCAGAUACAUCUGGAAACUCCCAAAUCUACUCUGAGAGUGUGCAACCCAUGGACGUGUACUGUGAGGCAGAUCAACUCGAUAAAGGAAGCGAAACCUCACCGCCAAACAGGGAGGGGGACAAACCAAAUCCCCAAUGUCUUCCAUCUAAAAACAGCCAUUCAGUUUCAAUGAUCAUCAAAGAGAAAGGUUUUCAAGCCGAUAUAGGAUUAUUUGAUAGUGAACCAAUUCACUCCCCCCCAAAGCAUGUCAACACACUUGAGGUACCAUUACAAACCUGCACCUCCGAAGACAAAGUCAAGAAAGAGAACUCAGUGCAAACUAGCAACUCCCUGUCAAGAAACAUGAAUCGAGCUUCAGCUACAGAGCUCAAUUCAGAGACACCAAAAGCAAGUGAUAUCAUCGUUAAAGAGCUACAGCCUCAAGUUAAACACCAUCAAUCUACAAAGGAUUUUGAACUGAAAUGGCAAAUUCCAGGCUGUGCAGAUCAUAAUAUUACUUCAGAUGACCCACCAGAAUAUGAAGAGAAGAAAAGCUCCAGACAGUGUGUUAGAACACAAGUAUCACCAGGACAAGCACACCUUGAAAAUCCCACUAGAUCUUUUAAACAGUGUUCUUCAGAUGGAUACAUAAGCCCACCACAACAAACAUCUCCACUGCUUCCUCCGUCAGGAGUACCACCUGCUAAAGUACAGGAUCUAAGUGAAGCUUUGCUGAGUAAAAGUCAACCAACAAAGAGGCCUCAAGUACAAGCCAUUAACUCUGAACCUCUGAAUUAUGUAGCGAUUCCUCCACAGCUUCAGCAAAGGAGCCCUUUGAACCCUAGCUCUUUUCAGCCGGAGUCUUUAGCAAAUUUAAACUUUCAACCCCAGCAAAGCUUUGAUGACAAACCAUUUCAAAAAGAAACUUCUCCUGAUAAACUGUGUGGGAGCCCAUCAUAUAGGCAGCUUGCUUCCCCAAAGAUGUUUCAGGAAGCCCGGCCACAGUUCAUGUGUAGCCCUUUAGGGUUCUCUUCACCGUAUGCAACAGAGAGAGGAAAUGAAGAUCUUUCAUUUGCUGAAAACAUUGCGAAUACCAGCAUGCCUUACUUCCAGUAUCAUCAGAGCCGAAGAAAAGUUUUGUAUGAUCCCGAGACUGGUAAAUAUUUUUACAUUGAGGUUCCUGUUCAGCCUCAGCGCAAAAUGCUUUAUGAUCCAGAAACUGGACAAUACGUGGAGGUGCUGAUACCUCAGCAAUGUUUAGCACAAAGCAGUGUGUAUCAGCCACCCACCUCUCCUUUUUCUUCUUUCAUGAAUCCAGGAAUGUAUGGCUCACACUAUAUGCCUUAUGCAGGUCUGCCAAUGCCUCCCCAGGCAACUUCACCCUUGAGGCACCCUGAUCUGCACAAUCAGAACCUACCCCAGAAUAACCUGCAGCUUAGCGGCCCAGCUAACCAAGCACUGAAGCCAGCCUUACAGAACGCCCAGCUUGCUGAACCAAGCUGUUUGGAAAGCAUUUAUUAUAGUCCUACAGGACUGGCAGCGAGCACCAAUCCAACACAACCAUCCUUUUAUCAGAAGGUUCCUUCGAGUUCACCAGGGAAAAAUGCCAGUGUUGCAUUGCCUAUCAAACAACACCUAGCACAUGUAGCCAGCUUUACUGAGGGAUAAAAAGGAAACAUCUACUCAAAACUGUGUUUGAACUGUCAUUUAUACAUUCAUAAUCGCUUUGUAUUGAGAGUUCACUGUUAGGAGAAUGUUAUGGAUGCAUAUGAAAGAGAGAAAGACCUAUUUUAUUAUGCCUACAGUUGAGAUAUUACUGAUACCCUCUUUUAGGAGUGGAAUAUGAUCCUUGACUUUGGGGUUCUUUUCAAAGCUUGGUACAGUAAAUGGAUUGUGAGUAAAUGUAAACUUUUAAUUCUCUAAAGUAUACAUCUGCUUUUCCUUUGUAUUUCAGCUCAUAAUGGCUUCAAUUCAGCCAUUUAAAUAAUUACACACAGAUUGUGAUUUUCCUUACCAAGCUUUCAAAAUAACAACUGCUCCCCUGUAAUUUGUCACACAAACAUGCACCAAAUGAUAUUCAAACGUUGGCACUUCCUGUCAAGUUGCUGAUGAAAUCCAGUUGUGUACACUGUGAAAUUACAAUGAAAUCCAGUCGUGUACACUGUGGAAUUACAAUGAAAUUCAGUCGUGUACACUGUGGAAUUACAAUGAAAUUCAGUCGUGUACACUGUGGAAUUACAAUGAAAUUCAGUCGUGUACACUGUGGAAUUACAAUGAAAUCCAGUCGUGUACACUGUGGAAUUACAAUGAAAUUCAGUCGUGUACACUGUGGAAUUACAAUGAAAUUCAGUCGUGUACACUGUGGAAUUACAAUGAAAUUCAGUCGUGUACACUGUGGAAUUACAAUGAAAUUCAGUCGUGUACACUGUGGAAUUACAAUGAAAUUCAGUCGUGUACACUGUGGAAUUACAAUGAAAUUCAAUCGUGUCCACUGUGGAAUUACAAUGAAAUUCAGUCGUGUACACUGUGGAAUUACAAUGAAAUCCAGUCGUGUACACUGUGGAAUUACAAUGAAAUUCAGUCGUGUACACUGGAAUUAGAUUGCUGUGAGCAGCAAGUGGUUAAUGUGUAAUAUCUGGUUGGGAUGCACUACUAUAUAUUUUUUUGAGU